AUGCUGCUUUUGCUGCUCAUUCUACUGCCUGUUACUGUGGCGGAUUCCUUUUGGAUGACUGCCGAAUUACUACGAGUGGAUUGGCGAGAAGGUUGCUUAACCACUGCCGGUUGCUCUCAACCCAGAUUCAAGAUUCUCCAAGACAUGCUUCCUCUCACUGAGAAGGUCUCCAUUAGCUGGCCUGUCUCUGAACAUUUCGUUCAGGAUUCUGCGCGUCCGUUCGUCUCGCACUGGACGAAUGGCAAACCCGAAGAUGUGACGAUGUCGUGCCAAGUGGUCGGCACUGAUCCCACCUACGGCUUUCCCACGAGUUUGCGACCAAACCCCGUCGAUUCGCGUGUUCCAAGAGCGUAUCAUCGAGGCAUUUGUGGUGAGUUUGAAACAUUUCGUUUCCCAGGUCGAAAUCGUCGCCAUCAGAGCACCACUCAAACGCCGCUUUCCGAGGAAGACCUCGGUAAAAAGCUGAUCGAGAUCCGUGGUAAAUGCUUCAACGCCACUGUGUGGCCGUACAAGAAACACACCGAGAGCCUGUCGUGUUGUGUCGGAUCCCUCGGACGUGACUCUGAUCGAACAAAGGGAGUUCAUCCUUUACUCAACCCCAUUACGUUGCCCGAUGAACCAUCCGUUCUCUCAGCGUCUAUACUUUCCCACCUGCGUGGCGACGACCGUAUUCUGCACGUCUCCGUGUUGGUCCUGGCUGGAAUUGCCAUUUUGGCUUCGAUCGGCUUCGCAUGUGUGCUGGUGGCGUUUCUUCGACAGAAGAGGUACGAUAUGCCUUGGGAGCAGACGCGUCCGCUCACUUACUGGAUGUCAUCGUCGUCGAAAUCUGAAGCGACCACCACCUCUCCGCUUGACUCCGCAUCGUCACUCGGCGCUCAGUCGUCAAUUGUUGCUCCAUACAGCUUCCGAUCCGGCUGCACGAUUCCCCAAACUCAUCUUUAUCAUCACAUCUCGCCUAAUUCCUCAAUCGGACCAGGCCAUGACUCUGGGUUGGAGUCUGUCUAA